UACCAUGAAUAUACUUUGAAACAAAAUAAACAAGUUCAACCAAUAGUCCAGAAGUAGUAGCUUUAAACUAAACAUAUAAAUAGAUGGAAACUGCAACAUAAUGCUAACACAAACAAACCCGGGAUAGUAAGUGAAGCAAAGUUGCAAACUAAUGUUUAAAUUUAAGCAUUAUGACCAGCUACAGAAAGUAAAUGUAUCAAAAAUAAGAAUAAGGAACAAGUGGUGAACACAAACUGAACCACUUUGUCACAAUCCAACCCAGCUUUUUCUUUUUCAGUGAGAAUAAAAUUACCCUGCAGAUGCAUUCCAUGUGCUUUGCCACACAGACAAGGAGUUACAUCUUUGAGACAAAAACUGAGGAAAGUUAUUUACAUUCGAGUGAGGUUUUCACACCCUUUUGUGUGUAUAAUGUCUAGGAUAAAUGCGGUUCACUUUCAUUGUUUACCUUUAGACAACAUAGGUAACAUAACAUUACCUUUAGAUGCUCCUUCUUUCCGCUAAGAACAGAAACGUGUCUGUUUUCUGAAAACUAAAGUUUUGUAUUGUUGCUAAUCAUGUUCAUGCCUGUACCAUGAACACCUUUUAUAUUGUAAUAAACAUCAAAAAUAAUUUGCCAUCGAUUUCUUUUUCCUGCUUUGUUUUCUUAUACCACCAGUUGGCCAUCAACAAAGCGUAACCAGUGACAAAUGUUGGUGUUCCACUAGUCCACUAGUGUGAUGGGCAUGUAGGCUCAGCAAGAUGGUCGAUUUACCCACUAUUUGUCUAUAUUUCCUUGAAUGAUGUGACCUUUUAUUGAACAUGCUGGCAAUAAAAGAGAAUGAAGAAGAAAUAAAAUGUCAUGAUUUUGCAGAGAUUCUUGCCAUGAAACUAUCAUUGAAUAAGGCUGAAUGCAAAGUAACAAUUAUGUUCAAAACAUUUGGUGAGAAUAUUGUGGAAUAAAAACAAGAAAAAAUGAAAGUAUUACUACACUUAUAAAAACUAUCAGGCACAGGUCAAGAUGCUUAAAGUAACUGGAAAACAAUGUAAGCUUGUAUGAUCACUGCAUUCUGCUUCCAUUUAUUUUGUUUCAUGGAUAUUAACUAGAAAAGACGGAGCUUAAAAAGCAUUGAACAGGUUGGCAAUUGCUAUAACUGAAAUAAAACGUAUACAAUUUUUGAAAAACAUAAGAUUAGAAGGGGAAAAAUCAAUUGCUUCCUGAUAAGUUUCGGUCUCCCUUGUAGUCCAGCAGGUGGCACUACUGCACAUUAUAGUUGGUAUCACAUUUGUAUUAAGACGCCAGAAUAAGAAAAGGAAAUUGACCAUGGUCCUGGAAGCAGACGAAACCUCAGUCUAAGAUAAUAUUUUUCAACUGUAUGGCUGAGUGUUACUGCAGGAUCAUCAGGUCUGAUUCGGUACCGGUCCACGCGACUCAGAGAGGUCUGACUUCGGCUCUUCGUGUCUUUGCGGAACUGAAGGACCAUGUCGGCCCACAAAACAAAGAAGGUUAAAAUGGCAACUAAAUCCUGUCCUGAAUGUGACCAACAGAUUCCAGUUGCCUGCAAGUCCUGUCCAUGUGGUUAUGUAUUUAUCAGCAGAAAACUUCUAAAUGCAAAACUCAGCGAAUGUUCUUCACCAGCUAUUACAGACAAACUGGACUUCAAGCGCAGAAGAACAGAGCGCAUUCGCAGAGAGAGGAUUGGCUCUCCUCUAACCAGUGACUCAGAAAACCACAGAAGAUCCCGAGCCAAUAGUCAGUCAGAUACCAUCCGUAGAGGCCGUGGUCGCCCAAAGACUGUGGGCCUGAAGAAACAAGAAGAAGAGAAGGAAAAACAAGAAAAGGAAGUGGACGUAUAUGCCAGUCUUUCUGAUGAAAAGGCAUUUGUCUUUUCUGUGGCCUUGGCUGAGAUCAACCGCAAGAUCCUGAGUCAGAGACUUAUUCUAUAGAUUAAGACCAAAGAGUAGAUCAGAAGAAGAGUUGACUUAGGCUUGAGUCACAUUGAAGUCGUCUUUAAAUAGUGGAUACUUGAGUUGGGAUGAAAUGGGCAAGACUCGACUUAAACUUAUCACAAAGGUUUGACCCUUGACAAUGACUUAAAAAAUUACUUCUGAAAAUCUCUGGACCUUCAUAGUUGCGAAAAUCAUUUUACAGGUCAUAAUGGCUUGUGAAAUAACCAAAGACUGCACACCUGGCUGGAGUACAUGCUUCUCCUGCAAAAGGGAUCUUCAAAAAAUAAACAGAGUUAGAUUUUUCUUUUAUGGACAACAGUAUAUAUGUGGUUUAAAUAUGAAUGUUGUAAUGGCUUUGAUUAUUGUUUAUAUGCUAGUAGUAAAGGACCAUAACCUCUCAUUUGCUGAAUUUUAUAUCUAUUUCUAUAUAAAACAUUUUUUGUUGAAAAUCAGAUGCUCAGUAGUGUUAAUUUGAGUAUAGAACACAAAAGAAAGUGUAUGUUUGGCUCUGGUAUAGAUUAGUGACUUGAAAAUAUUAUGAAUACAAAGCUUCAGUUGUAAUGUAAUUGAAAUGAAUCACAGAAUAUAUGUUUGAACAAACAUUGUUUUUUUUAUCAUAACUGUAUUUUUCAUGCAUAAAACGUAUUUUAAAAAACCUGUCUGCAAAGUCCUACUGACUGCAAGCCAGAAAAGUAGGCCUCCUUACACCUGGAUCUUCCCCUAGGUUUCUUCCCGGUGGGACGUGCCCGGAACACCUCUCCAGUUAGGUGUCCAGGAGGCAUCCUGACCAGAUGCCCAAGCCACCUCAACUGGCUCCUCUUGAUGUGAAGGAGCAGUGGCUCUACUUUGAGUCCCUCCCGGAUGACUGAGCUUCUCACCCUAUCUCUAAGGGAGAGCCUACUGAGAAAACUCAUUUCUGCCACUUGUAUUCGUGACCUCGUUCUUUCGGUCAAGACCCAAAGCUCAUGGCAUAGAUUAGGGUAGGAAUAGUAGAGUAGAUCGACGGGUAAAUCAAGAGCUUUGCUUUUUAACUCAGCUCUCUCUCCAUCAUGACAGACUGGUACAGUGCCCACUUCACUGCAGAUGCUGUGUCAAUCCAUUUAUCAAUCUCCCUCUCCAUUUUUCCCUCAUUCUUGAACAAGAUCCCGAGUCACUUAAAAUCUUCCAGUUGGGGCAGGACAUCCUCCCUAACCUGAAGAAAGCACUCUACCUUUUUCUGGCUCAAGAUCAUGGCCUCUGAUGUGGAGACACUGAACCUCAUCCCAGCCUCUUCACACUCGGCUGCAAACUGCUCGAGUGAAAGCUUUAGGUCACGGUCUGAUGAAGCCAGCAACAUAAUCUGCAAAAAGCAGAUACAUGAUCCAAAGGCCACCAAAAUAAACACCUUGGCUGGUCCUAGAAAUUUUGUCCAUCAAAGUAAUGUACAGAAUCACUGACAAAGGGAAGCUUUGGCAGAGAAAACUCUCACUGGAAACGAGCCUGACUGAAGGCAUGUUUUUGGCAAUGCGGACCAGUUUCUGACACUGAUCAUACAGGGCCUAACAGCCCGUCUCAAAGGGCCCAAUUCCCCAUACUCCUGGAGUAACCUCACAGGAUUCACCGAGAGACACAGUCGAACACCUUCUCCAAGUCCACAAAACACAUGUAGACUGGAUGGGCGAACUCUCAUGCACCCUCCAGGAAUCUGCUGAUGGUGUAGAGUUGGUCCAGUGUUCCACGAAGAAGACGAAAACCACACUGCUCUUUCUGAAUCCGAGAUUCGACUGUCCGAUGGACCCUCCUCUCUCAGACCCCUGAAUAGACCUUACCAUGGAGGCUUAGAGGAAACCAUGAUUAGUUAUAAAAAUAGACCUUAUUUGGGAAAUAUUUAUUUUAGGUGUAAAAACAAUGCAGUAAUAAUACUGUAGGUUAUUUAGUUUUUAUAAAUUUUAAUAAAAUAUUUUCACAACAAUGUUGCUAUGUUGUUCACUCUGCAAUGCAUUCAGGGUAAAUAACGUGUAACGGUCCAACUGCCUGGCUCCUCCAGCCUAAACAGGGAUGAGUAACGUUAUUAAGCCUUUUUAAUUUGAACUGGAGCACUUUGAAAUUGAUCUAAAUAUAGAAAUCAGAAGAGGUAACGAAGAUGAGGAUGGCCAAACAGAGGAAGAGGACAGAGUUAGCCGUAGGAGCUUUUGUUUGCUGCUGCUACUGCCUUCAGCUUCGUAAAUUAAACAAUGAAUGACAUGUGCAGUUUGUGACUGCGGUAAAGCUAGCCGCCUCUUCGAAAAUGACAGUAAAGCCAGCCCGCACUCGAUUUUCACGUACGACACGGCACAAGACGUUACGGUUCCCCAAUUUACCAGCUCCUUUCAGAUUAAAAGCUCACAUUCGGUUCAUGUUUGAUCUACUGCAAGUAGAUUUCCAGGGGCUUCAUGUUUAAACUUUGUUUUUAUGCAGUUGCAAACAGAAAUAACGUAUCGAAAAUAAUUGGGGACAUUAAGCAAUGCUGAAAACUUUCUGUUUGCGGCGACUUCUCUAACUUCUGGGUGGCAGAGGGACAACUCUAGAACAAAACCAGCAAAUGCCAACCCGAUCUGAUGUACUGUAUAAUGUCAAAAUAAAAGCCUAUUAAAAUGAGACGUUUUUAUUUUUCCCUCCUAAGUUGCAGUGCUUUUAUUUUGAAAUGAAACAUCAGAUCGGGUUGACAUGUACUGGUUGUGUUCUAGAGGUGUUCCUCUGCCAUCCAGAAGUGACAGAAGUCACUGGAAACAGAGUUUUUCAGCAAUGUGCAUGUCAACUUUGGUAAAACUAAAAUUUUAAAUGUGUUUUUUUUUUUAAGGCUUUUAUUUUGAAAUUAAACAUCAGAUGUGGAUGACAUUUGCUGGCUGUGUUCUAGAGGUGUCCCUCUGCCACCCAGAAGUGAGAGAAGUCACUGGAAACACAGAGUUUUUCAGCAAUAAGCACGGUAACUUAGGGGGAAAGAGUAAAAAUGUGCUCUUUUAAUAACCUUUUACUUUGAAAUUAAACAUCAGAUUGGGUCGACAUUCGCUGGUUCUGUUCCAGAGUUGUCCCUCUGCCACCCAGAAGUUAAAGAAGUCGCUGCAAACAGAGAGUUUUCAGCAUUGAUUAAUGCCCCCAAUUAUUUCCGAUACAUUAUUUCUUCUUGCAACUGCAUAAAUACAAAGUCUAAAUAUGAAGCCGCUGGAAAUCUAGUAGCGGUAGAUCUCUUGCUUCUGGCACUGCGCUCUCCUUUCUUCUUGUGGCUUUGGUUUCUGAUGAUUAUGUUGAGCUGUUGGUGUGAUUUUAUGCACUUGAUUGUUUGAAUAAAAUUCUGGUUGAUUGUGAAGUUGAA